CGAUGCCCACGGCCGGGAGACGCAGCGGGGCCAGCCAGAGGCUCGAUUUUCGCUGCCAUGGAUUUAUAUUUCCAUUGGCAUCAAAAAUCCGUAGCUUCGGGGCAGCAUCGGAUUGAUUCCUUUUCUUUCGGACGGCGACGAUGGAACGAUGGAGGCGAGUGGGAUUCAAUUGCAUUUGUCAGGAGAUGAAGAUGUAAAUAUAUAAUGGACGGUUUCGUUCGUGUUGCUGUCGAAUUUGUCUCAUCAUCAGCAUCUCUAUCACUUACAGCUUCAAUAGCAUCAACAAACACCAGCAAUAAACACUUGAAAUCACUCUACCGACAUCGAAUCACACCUCUCACAAGCCACAGUUUAAACUUUCAACUAGAUUAAAAAAAAGACUGAAUCAUGUCUCUCCAAGACAAAGUCGUUCUCAUCACCGGCGCCUCCAACGGCAUUGGCAAGGCCACCGCCGAACGCCUCUACAAAGAAGGCGCCCGGAUUGUCAUCAACUACCUCAGCGACACCGCCUCAGCAAACGCCAUGGUCGAGUCCUUCGGCCCAGACCGCGCUAUUGCCGUGCAGGCUGACGCCGGCAACAUCGACGACCUGAGCCGCCUGGUUGACGCAGCCGUGGCCAAAUUCGGCCGCAUCGACACAAUCGUGGCCAGCGCCGGCAUCAUGCCAAUGCGUGACGUUGAGGACACUACGGAGGAAGACUUUGCAAAGUGCUUCGACCUCAACGUCAAGGGCCCUUACUUUUUGGUCCAGAAGGCGCUCCCCCACAUGCCGCCCGGAUCUCGCAUCAUCUUCAUCUCUACGGGAAUCUGUCACUUUUCAAUGGCGCCGGCCAAGUAUCUGCUCUACGCUGCCACAAAGGGUGCCAUUGAGCAGAUGACUCGUGUCAUGGCCAAGGGAUUGGCUUCCAAGGGCAUCAUCGUCAACGCCGUGGCUCCUGGCCCGACGGGUACUGAGCUCUUCUACAAGGGCAAGCCUGAGACUCUGGUCAAUGCCAUUAAGAGCUGGAGUCCCUUCAACCGACUGGGCGAGGCUGAGGAAAUUGCCAACACGAUCAAGUUCCUGGCUAGUGGUGAUAGCUCAUGGGUUGUGGGCCAGACGGUGCUUGUGAAUGGCGGCGCGAUGCUGUAAUGAAUGGCUGGUUGGCUGCAUUGUGAGCAUUCUGAGCAUGGGUUACAUUACAAGAUUGUCAUAGAAUCGCAAAUGAUGGCGAUGAUUCAUGAUGGAUAGAAAUUAGACAGAUAUUGUUAGCGUUAGAAUUGUUUCAUUGAAUUGUAUCGAUAAUGCCG